ACAAUUUCUCAAUUUACUCAAUAUGUGUGAAGUUCGCAUACACUAUCCAGCGCCAAAUUUCAGCUCAAUGGGGUUUGUAAAUGGCCAAUUUCAGAACUUGACUCUGCAAGACUAUCGCGGCAAAUAUAUUGCAUUACUUUUCUACAACGGAGACUUUUUGAAUGCAUGUCCAGCUGAAUUGAUUGCUUUCAGCGAUCGUGCAACGGAGUUUCGCGAGGUGGGCUGCCAAAUUAUUGCCUGCUCUACCGAUUCUCACUUUGCACACGAAGCCUGGACACAAUGGCAGCCGCGCUUUGGAGGAUUGGGUGAAAUAGACAUUGCUUUGUUGGGUGAUAAGUCCACCGAAAUUGCCCGUCAAUAUGGAGUUCUAUUAGAAACAGGCCAUUCAGAACGUGCUUUAUUUAUCAUCGAUCGUAACGGCCUGGUGCGUCAGAUUACAAUAAACGAUUCAAAAGUCCGACUCAGUGUUGAUGAAGCAUUGCGUUUGAUACACGCUUUUCAAUUCACUGAUGAAUUUGGCCUGAAGUGUCCUCCACAGACGAAAUCGAACAAAUCGUCAUUCUCAUAAGAAAAAGUGUAAUUUUGUGCAAGGGGAGUGCGAGUGUAGCAAUCUUUUUAACG